UGUAUAAUAAAAACAUCUCCAACAAAUAUUAGAUUUGAACGUUAUUAAAUAAAUACAAUAUUGAAUUCUACAUAAUUAGGUUAAUGCUAGCUGAUUUAUAAUUCACAACUGACUUAAACCUACCAAGCACACCAUACAAGCUCAAAUAAAGGUUUAAAGCUUUGGCAGCGUAAUAACAGCACAUUUACAAGAAUUUUAUAUCUUUAAAUGAGAGAAAGAGAAAAGGGGAAAGCCAUGCUCAACUUUGACCUCUCACAACAAAAUGGCAGCCUCCAUCAGGAGCAUUGUGAGAGCUCCUUCUCGAAUUUUUCUUGUUUUGCAGAGAAUCCAUCAAACCCAGGUAACAGUCGGUGUGCUGCGCGCUCCCGUCAUCACUCCAGUGAUUAGAAACUUCUUUUAUUCGUCUAAACUGUUGAAUCUCGAGUCUUCUGAAAAGAAUGAUCAUGGAGUGGAAUCUUUAAAGGAUCUAUCCCGAUACAAAGACAAACCCUGGAAGUAUCUGGAAAGUGAAGAGUAUAUUGAGCGAUAUGGAUCCAAACCUGUAUGGGCUAACUACAGACGGAACCACAAAGGUGGUAUUCCUCCCCAAAAGACACGGAAGACCUGUAUUAGGAGAGGUAAGACAUGUGGGAACCCCUGUCCAAUCUGUCGUGAUCAAAACAUCAUCAUCCAUUACCAGAAUGUGAGCCUGCUGCAGCAGUUCAUAAGUCCUUACACAGGGUUUGUGUACGAUCCCACUCGAACUGGUGUUUGCAUGAGGCAACAGAAACGGCUAAACACUGCAAUUGAAACAGCUAAACUUCAUGGCUUAAUACCCACCCAGUUACCAUUUGUAGACUACACUGGAGAAGACUACUCAAACUCCCAUGGCGCUGUAGCACACACACCACCCCCACCUUCCAAAACCCCUGAUGAACCUUGGUAUUCGUGGUAUGGAUCCAUAGAACCAAACGAACACGAACUAGCGAGAGUGAAGAAGAUCUACAAAUCUUACCUGAAGUAGACUAGUUUAAACCAAAUCAUGAACCAAAUUACUUUAUUAAGGGGAGUUUAAGAUUUCUGGAAAGGAGGGAAGAUGUGACUGAAUGGCAGAUUUACAAUGAAUACAUUCAUUCAUUCAUUCAUUCAUUCCUUCAUUCCAUGCAACUGUGAUCAUUAAUAAAGUAAAUAGUAGUUAAUUUAUAACUAUGGUAAUUUGAACCCUAUCCACAAAAACAUGGAAUGAUUGGCAAGUCAGAUUCAGAAUAGUUAGCUUAAUGUGUUAAGUAUUGUAUGUAUAAAGCCUUUUAUCAGAGCAGUUCAUCUUUCUGAACAUUACAGUUAACAGCUAUACUGAUUAACCUUUUUCUGUUGCUAUAUUUGUGUUAAUGUGUGUAUUCUUCAAAAAUAAAGUACAAAAAUGAAACAUU